AGAAUAUAAAGCGUGAACCUGAAAAAGGUUCAUGUGAUACUGAAGCCCCGCAAGGGAAAACAUCAGUAAGGUUUUCAUCGUCAAGUAACAGUUCGUAUCUGGUUUGAUUUCAGGAAAGAAGAAUUAAGGAGCUUAUUAAUCAAUCAUUGCGGCGUCAAAGAGUAUGGUUGCAAUGGAUGAGAAUGACUCUGUAUGGCCCCUUGCCCCACUCACUUUUGUAAACAUGACCAGUUCUCUGAGUCAGAAAUGUAUAGUUAUUGACUGUCGUUCCUUCUUAUCAUUUAACGUCGCCCACAUUAAAGGAUCGCUUAACGUUCACUGCCCUCCUAUCUUAAAAAGAAGAUUUCAUCGUGGAUCAUCAACGUUAGAUUGUCUACUCAAAUCUCCUGAGUUGAAACGAAGGGUUGCGGACGCAGAGACUUUAAUUUUGUACGGGGAAGGAACUCAGGAUUGGAUUGACUUGGAGAAGGACAAUACGAUGAAGAUACUCCACAUGCUUUUGAGAAGAGAGAGAGUAGACAAGACUCUAUAUUUCAUUAAAGGUAAGUUAAGUCAGCGUAUAGUUCAGAACUUUCUUGUAACUCAGUUGAAAGGCCUCUGAUAACUAUUGUUAGGCCAGCCACGUGUUCCUAAAGUCAAUGUGCUGUUAUCACUUGAUUGUUGCUCUUGGUGUUUAGGUUGAGAGGUCAAAAAGAGUUAUUUAUUUUUGAACAAUCCCACUGAAGGGCGAUGGAAGUGGAAAUAUCGAUUAUUUCGCGCUUGAAUGAAAGCGAGGGAAUGUUGUGAUGAUGAACCACUACAAAGGCGAAGCGUCAUUAAUGUGUACUACUUGUUUACGUGUGCUGCUUAUCAUGAAUUCAUGAAUGAGCGAGUUUCUUUGUUAUUGAAAUAAAAGUAAAUGAAUGAACGUAAUGACAUCACGUAUGACUAGUAGAGUGACUCGCUGGUCCCUAUAGAAAAAAUUAUGAAUUGAAAACAGUCUUAAAUCGAGUUUGUGAUAAAGAGGUCGAACAUCAUUGCGGUUUUCCUUUAUAGAAUGGGUAAUUUUUCCUUGCAAUGUUGGGCUUAUUGGUUAGUAUCUCCUUCAGUUAAAAUUUGAUGUUCAAAAGUAUUUAAAAGCACGCACAAACAUGUUUUCUUUGACGAGCUGUGACGGCACACUCAGUACACUCAGCUGAUUUCUUUUCCUUCCCAAGUUUUUUCUGUGUUUAAAUAAUGUAGGCGAAUACCAGAUCUUUCAGUCCUGACGAGCACAUUUUCAAAUCUUCCUAGACUCUAAACUUAACGUUUUCUGUCUAGAUAGUGCGUCAUGUUCGGCCUCCUAAUUUGCAGAUAGAGGAUAUUUCACCGUCACCGCUUUCGGUGAAGAUUGAUUUGGUCUAAUCCCUAGGACGACCGUUGAUGGAGAAUUACACGAAGAAACGUCAUCGAUGCAUGAAGAAUCGUGAUUCCUAGCAUGUUUUAUGAUGUUUACAAUAUUGAGUAAAGCAAUGAGCUGCAAUUCAGGCAGUAACAGACUGAAAGGAGCCUGAUAAAAUUUAGGCUUCGACAGAAAUUGCUUACCUACGAGGAUCAUUGCUUUACUUGAUUUUCAUCUUCAGGCAAACUAAUUUUAUUUCAUUAAAAAAUUUUGAUCGCUUUCUAUAGCACCAAUUUUAUUGACUGCUGUCUUCCCUUUUUUUUCGUAGGAGGAUUUGAAAAAUUCGCGUCGUCUUUCCCCUCCAUGUGCUACUUUGCAAAUCCUCAUGCGGCAUCACAAGCAUGCUCCAGUCCUCUCGGAUUAAAGCUCAAAACGAAAGAUUUUAAAAGAUUCAGCCCGAGAAACGAGAUCGAUCCUGUCAGGGAUUAUGCCGAGUCGCGCCCAAAUGUGUCAGCCAAGCCAAAUGAGCCUGUUGAAAUCUUACCACAUCUGUAUCUUGGAAGCGAAUUCCACUCGUCUCAAAAGGAGCUCCUUCAACACUUGGGUAUCACUGCCAUAGUCAAUGUUUCAAGUAAUAUUCCGAACUUUUUUGAGGAUACAUUUGACUACAAGUCUAUUCCGGUUGACGAUACUUACACCGCAGAUAUCGGCCGAUGGUUUGAGGAGGCAGCGAUGUUUAUAGGUAAGAGAUUCUUUAAAACGCAAAGUGAGUAUAAUCGAUAAAAAGAAACUUCAUGGCUCUAAGAUCCACGCUUUCCCAAAAAAAAUUUAUUAAACAAAUAUUAACAUGCUCCUGAAAGUUCGAGCUGGUCUUUUAGAGGUCAAAACAAGAAUCACUGGAACUUUCUUUAUAUUAAGACAAUAUAAAAAAUCGAUCUCUUAAAGCGAUCUCGGAGCUUGUCAAUUGAUAAGCUUUUGAAUAAUGAAAUUAUUGACAGCCAAUAUCCAUGGUAAGAUUUCCUUCAAUCAAUGUUAUUCAUAAGAAGAUUUCCUUUAAUCAAUGUUAUUCAUAAGAAGAUUUUCUUCAAUCAAUGCAUUAAGACUUAGCUCGUCUAGUCUUUAAAUGUAUUUUAAUUCACCUAGUUCUCCCUUUUGUCCUCUCAUUUCAGAUUCAGUGAAGAAAUCGAAAGGACGGGUACUAGUACAUUGCCAGGCUGGGAUCUCAAGAUCAGCCACCAUUUGCCUUGCCUAUCUUAUAAGUAGACAUCAACUCAGGUUGGACGAAGCUUAUGAGUACGUUAAGAAGCGCCGUUCAGUUAUAUCACCAAACUUUAACUUCAUGGGGCAACUGCUUAACUGGGAAUCAGAGACUCAGCUUACAAAUAGAGUAUCGAGCACACACACACCCACCACUCCCUUUGGAUUUUUCAGUUUUUCUCCGUUGCCAUGUGGAUCCGAAAUGACUACCUCUGGUAACAAACAGAAUUCACCUGGGCUCGUGACUUCACCCAUGUAGCUCAGUAGCAUUAGAGGCAAGAAGUCAAAAGCGACAAAUUCUUUGUAUCUGAAUUAUAUUAAAUGUACCCAUAUCCAUUAUAUCAGCCAAAAAAAAACCGCUAUGCUCUUUUCUCACAGGACGCAUCGUUUUCUCCACAGUCUAAUUAUUUAUGGUUUACACAAUAGUUUAUCUCAUGAAUUGCAUGUGGUAAAAUUAUCGUCACUGUACGCUUUAAAAAAUAAAGCCUAGGACGAAAUUGAAGUGGAAAGAAUAAUAUUAAACAAAAUAAUAAACCGUUUUCUCUUCCACUUUGAUGACGAAUAUUUUUGUACUUAUGCAUUAAUGAAAAAACAGUUUGUUUCAUAUUACCCAGGUAGUAGAUAAAAUAAAACAGGCUUAUACUUUAUGGUGGCAAGAAUAUAAGUAAGCCGAAUUUUGUCAAAAACAGACUUAAAAGAAGAAAUACUUGAAAGAUGUGUACGAUAUAUUUAUUUAUGAAUUUAAAAAUUAGAAGAUGUAAAUUUGAAAAGAUGUAAGUUAUAUUAAUCAUAUAUUAUAAGGUACUUGACCAAACACAGAUGAAUGGCGCCCAAAUAUGUUUGAAUAAAUUAUGAGG